ACAAAAUUAAAAAGAAUUAAUUUUAGUCUUCAAGCUCGUGAUGAAGUAAUUGCUGCACGUCAUACACACCGAAGUACUGGAGCUGAAAUUGCAAUAAAAUUGUUGGCACCAUAUAAUAAUACAAAUGAAAAUCAGCUUAAAUAUGCACGAAAAGUUGUAAAAAUUUAUAUUCAAAACAGCAACUUAAAAGACUAG